AUGAAAUUGAAGUGUCUUGGGGAACAAACGGUGACUCAUGGACUUUUCGGAGGACUGAAAAGGCGGGAAAACCACAAGAUGUAUUCCAUUAAAUUGCGUAAUACAGAAAAUAAUUUCUGUUGUAAUGUAGAAGUAAUGGAUCAGAAUAAAAUUUGCACUUCUCUUCCCAAAUUAGAUUCUAAAAACAUCGAAGAAGUAAAACAAUUGGGUAUAUUUGUUAGUGAUAUUUGCUUAGAUGAAAAUCUUUGUUUGUAUGAAAACGAUCCCAAGGAGAUUCACAUAUUAUUAGGGGCAGAUACGGCAGCCAGAUUAUUUACAGGAGAAAUUAAAAAACUUUCGCCUGAUCUAAUUGCGAUGAACACCAAGUUAGGGUGGACAGUUAUUGGAAGAUCAGGAAUUAAUAAAAAUGAUAGUUCCAGCACGCUAAUGUCGCUACUUGUCAACGACGUAAAUAUAUCCGAUCUUUGGAGGCUUGAUACAUUGAAUAUCAAUGACCCUGCGGAAACUCAAAGUAGAAAAGAACUAGAAGAAGCGGCUAAGGAACAUUUUGAACGCAGUGUAACACGAGAUAACGAGGGGCGCUACAUUGUCAGUCUACCGUGGAUACAUGAUCAUCCACCUCUUCCUGAUGGCAGAAAGUUAGCUGAACGAAGACUUAACAGUUGUAUUAAAGCCUUAGAACGUGUCGAGAAGCUGGCCGAUUAUGAUGAUGUUUUUCAGGAUUGGCAGAAUGAGGGUAUCAUUGAAGAAGUUGAUCCUAUGCAAGAAAUCAAAGAAGGACAGCAUUUCUUACCUCACCAUCCUGUCUUCAAGGAGAAUUCGACGACCAAAGUUCGACCCGUUUUUGAUGGUUCAGCUAAAGAAAAGAAUACACCUUCUAUUAAUGACUGCCUCGAAAAGGGACCAAAUCUUGUAGAACUCAUUCCAUCUCUCAUAAAUCGCUUUCGUGUUGAAAAAUAUGGAGUGAUAUCUGACAUUAAGAAGGCCUUUCUGCAAAUUGGAUUACAAGAACGAGAUAGACCAUAUCUCAGAUUUUUAUGGAAGGAUAGAAGAAAAGACGGAAAUAUCAAGAUCCUGCAGCACAAAAGAGUUGUGUUCGGAAUCUCCUCCAGUCCUUUCCUUCUAGGAGCUACAUUAGAACUUCAUUUAAAAAACGCCCCAGAUCAUCUCAAGGAAACAGCCCAGCAACUUAUGAGGUCCUUCUACGUUGAUAAUUGUGUUUUCAGCGUCAACAGAAGAGAAGAACUCGCUAGAUUUAUUUCGGAAUCACAAGCACUAUUAUCUACUGCCAAGUUUGAACUUCGAGGGUGGGAGCAUUCUCCUACUGAAGACAAAACUGAAGAAAGGCAAGAAGACCGAAAGGUUCCAGUUCUUGGGCUUCUGUGGAAUUUACCAAAGGACACUAUAUCUCUAGAUUUGAAAAGUUUGAUGAAAGAAGAUAAAGGACCUAUUACAAAAAGAAAAAUCCUGUCAACCGUUCAUCGAAUCUUUGAUCCGAUAGGAUUUUCUUGUCCAGUGACUCUAGAGCCCAAAUCUUUGUUGCAGGAAUGCUGGAAAUUGGGUCUGUCCUGGGAUGCUGAACUCCCUCUGCUGAUAACUGAAAGAUUCGAACGCUGGAAGAUGAAGUUACCGAAAUUGAAUGAUCUUGAAAUACCAAGAUGUGUACGUGAGGACUUUGCAGAAGAUUCCAAAUUUUCCAUCCAUGUUUUUUGUGACGCAAGUCAGAGUGCCUACGCUACAUGUAUCUUCUUGAGAGCUGAAUCUGCUGAUAGCACGUCGUGCCAGUUAAUACAAGCUAGAAAUAGAGUUGCUCCUUUGAAAAAGAUCUCUAUUCCACGCCUAGAACUUUUGUCCUGUACUAUUGGUGCUAGAUUGGCAAAAGCAACCAUAUCCGAACUUGGACUUGAGAACAUACCAAUCUUCUACUGGUCUGACUCUAUGAAUGCUUUGUAUUGGAUCAAAAGAAAUGAGAAUUGGGCCACGUUUGUUUACAACAGGGUACUGGAAAUCCGUAAACUCACCAAUCCUGAAGACUGGAGGCACAUAAGUGGAACAUUAAACCCAGCUGACCUUCCAUCACGAGGUUCCAAUGCAGAGGAACUUGUGAAAUCUCUUUGGUGGAAGGGUCCAAAUUGGCUGAGAAUGCCUAUAGAAGAUUGGCCUGUUUCGGAAACUAUGCCAGAUUUGGACGUUGUAAACUCCGAAAAAAGAAAAUCUAUUGUGUCUGUCACUAACACCACGACAGAGCAAUUAGAGUACUUUUCUAAGACAUUCCUGGAUUCAGAUGGUUUAUUAAGAGUAAAGACCAAAAUUUCUCAAAGAAGUGAUCUACCAACAUUUAGAUUUCCAAUUUUGCUGCCUUCAAAGCAUGAUGUUAUUGGAAAACUUAUUUUUGAAAAGCAUGUUGAACUUAGUCAUGCUGGGAUACAGAUUUUGAUGUCGAGUUUAAGAGAGAAUUAUUGGAUCUUAAAAAGCAGGAAGACAAUACGUCAAGUAAUAAGGAAUUGUGUAAUAUGUCAACGUUUUUCAUCUCGGCCAUUAGAAGUAGCAAGUGCUCCACUACCCGAAGAUCGCGUCAGAGAUGCUUAUGUUUUUGAAGUAGUAGGAGUUGACUUGUGCGGACCACUAUAUUUGAAAAACAAAAGCAAAUGUUGGGCUGUACUUUUUACAUGCGCAGUUUAUCGCGCAGUCCACAUCGAGCUGGUAACUAGUUUAUCAACAGAUAGUUUUAUUCUAGCUUUACGAAGGUUUAUUUCUAGAAGAGGAAGACCAGCUACAAUUUAUUCAGAUAAUGGAACCAACUUAGUGGGUACUUCUAAUGAGCUGAAAUCUGUUGAUUGGGUGAAAAUACAAGAAUAUGCCUCAGUAAAGAAAAUCCUAUGGAAAUUCAACCCCCCAUCAGCCCCAUGGUGGGGCGGAUUUUGGGAAAGGCUUAUAGGUAUGUUGAAAUCUAUCUUAAGAAAAAUUCUUGGAAAGGCCUCCUUACAAUUUGAAGAAUUGUACACUGUACUAUGUGAUGCUGAGGGCAUUAUAAAUUCAAGACCUUUGACAUACUUAAGUGAAGACAAUGAGGACCUUAUAGCAUUAACACCUGCUAUGUUUUUACAAGAUGUAAAAGAAAUAGGAGUUCCAGAUAUAGAUCAAAUAGAUGCUAAGAGAAUGAAUAAAAGAUUCUUCUACAGGCAAAAAGUGUGUCAAGAUCUCAGAAAACGUUUCAGAAUCGAAUAUCUUGGACAUCUUAGAGAAUUUUCAAAGAUUCGUAAUGAAUCUAAAAUUAAAGAAGGAGACAUUGUUCUCAUCGGUGAUAGUAACGUCAAGCGAAUAAAUUGGCCUUUGGGAAGAGUCAUCAAAUUAUAUCUUGGAAAAGACAAGAAAGUUCGUCUCGUGGAAGUCCAGACCAAAUCUGGGUCUUUCCUACGUCCAAUCCAGAGACUUUUUCCUCUUGAGGUCAGCCAAAGUGAAAAAUCUGCUAUCCCGUGUCUCCCAAAGAGUGAUUCUCCAUCCACAAUGAUGAUUCCUGAUGGUACACCUACCUCUAGUGACUCUCAUGCUGUUUCAGAUGUGAGACAACCAAGAAGAUCCCGUUAUGGCCGGCUUUUAAAGCCCAAUGCUCUCCUAGACUCAUUGUUAGUUCAAUCACUGGAAAGACCUUCUUACGAUCAGCUCUGUUGUAUCGGAUGCCGAAUCAGAGAGCUUGGUGAUGAAUUUGAAGACUUUGGUGAUAAAAUAGAUAAUACUGGAAUCUUCCAGAAUUUUGAUGAUAGAGCCAAUAUGAACCGAGACAUGCCUGAUUGUCCCAGAACCUUCUCUGCCUACUUUCGGGAACUAUUAAAGGCUGGCAGACCCAAGUCGAAGACAGUCAGGUACAGAAUCGUCGGAAUAGUUGGACCAAUCCAGCGAAGAGCAAGUGUAGAACUCAAGCGAUGGAUGAAUUAA